AUGAGUGGAGCGCAGAGCAGCUCUUUGGGUCAAUUCAUAGUGGAAGUACCAGGGAGAAACAGAAUCAGUAAAAAUUCCGGUAGUCCUCUUGGAGCAUCAACGAUUACAUUACCAACUAAAUCCUCCUCAACAAGUGAGACUCUGUCAACAACACCCGUAUCGAUUCUCUCCACAGAUGUCACUGAUUAUGAUCCCCUUGCCGUGAUAUCACCAGCCUUAUCAGUCUCAACCACCUCAAACACCAUCGGAUCAGUAGAAAAAUUCACAGUGCAGCAACACGUCAAUAGUACUGCAACAACAGCUGAUGAGAAAAAGACGCUUGCAGAACUACGCAAAUCGCAAUUGCAAGCUUGUCGUAGUAACGCUACUGUCAUUCUCAAUAGAAAUACUGCGAUUGUAAUAGAUCGAAAAGAAUUCGCACAAAUUUCUCCGUAUUUUCGAGCUGCAUUUUAUGGUGGUUUCUCGGAAACAAAGUCUAAAUUAUUGAGUUUUGACAGGACUAAGAGUGAGGAAUUCUUACAUUGUUGUGCCGUUCUCAGCCAACUUAUGAGUGAAAAUAAAUGGAAAGUACCGAAUCUGCAAUGGAUGAGUCUGCAAAAAGCGUUUGAAAUAUUAGACAUUGCAUCAUAUUUGUUGAUUGAUCCAUUGCUAACGCUUAUAUCUGACGUGAUUGUCGCCAAAGUAAAUGCUGAUUCAUUAGUUCUCGCAUAUCAUAAAGCAGAAAAUCGCCACGUGCCGUUAGCUCAAAAAUUAUGGAAAAUAAUUGUUCGUCAAUUUGAUCGAUUACUAGCAAACAACACUUUUCUUGCACUUUCUGAAGCAGAAAUCCUAAAGUUAUUAUGCGACAGAUAUUUAAAUAUCAACAAAAAUGAAGAAACAGCGAUGGUUCGAAAAUGGAUUACGGUCAAUGAUUAUGAUGGCGGAGGUGCGGUACGGUUGCGUGAAGAGCUCCGUGGGCGAAAUGAUACUGUUGGCUUUAGUGAGAGUGAGCCACGUUUGCCAAAUUCAGUCUUACUUGCAAGUGGUGGUUGGUCAAAUGUGGGCCCAACGAUGUUAGUGGAAACGCUCGAUUCCCGGGCCCAAAAAUGGGUACGUUCGGAGCUCAAACUUUUUGAAUUACCACGUGCUUACCAUGCUGUCAUUAACACUGGUGAACAUUUAUUUACCAUUGGUGGUUUCAAUGGUGCUGAGUAUUACCGGUCAACGAGAAAAUUUAGUUUAAGUAAUCAGGAAUGUAUAGAGGUUGCACCAAUGUAUGAUCAGCGGUGCUAUGUUGGAUGUGGUUUGCUGGAUCCAGAACGAAUUAUAGCAAUCGGUGGUUAUAAUAAUCACGAUCGCUUAAGAUCUGCUGAGAUUUUACAUAUACCGAGGAAUCAGUGGCAUCGAAUUGCUGAAAUGAGCGUUAGAAGAAGUGACGGCCAUUGUGUAAUAAUGAAAAAUAUAGCAUAUGCUAUCGGUGGUUUCGACGGAAUGAAUUGUCAUUCGAGCGUCGAAUACUACGAACCACAACGUGAUCGAUGGUUUAUUAUGAGUAACAAUAUGACAAGUCGACGCUCAGGUGUUGGUGCAGCUACUUUAGAAGGUGUCGUCUUCAUAUGUGGAGGUUUUGAUGGUACUAGUCGUUUACAAACAUGCGAAUUUAUCGACACCAGGGAAGGAAAAUGGCACCGCUUACGGUCGAUGAAUCGACCACGCUCAAAUUUUGGUAUAGAAGUAUUAAAUAAUCAAGUAGUAGUUGCCGGAGGUUAUGGAGGUAUGGUUGGCACUAUAGGUGAAACGGAAGCAUAUGAUUUUCGUUCUAACAAUUGGAUCGAGUUACCAACGAUGAGUUUGCGACGUUCAGCGCUUUAUCUUACUCGAGUGGACAAUCAUGACAUAAUCGAGGCGUUUGUCCGUCCAAAAUGUACUACUGCAUGA